AUGUGUAUGGGUAGGAAGGAAAAGCAUCUGGGCAAUGGCGUGGAGGUGCAGGUUAAGGUUAGAGAGAUGAGGGUUGGGGGUGUCGACAUGGUGGUUGAGAUGGAGCCUCGGUAUGAUGGGCAAGAGCAUGGCCAGGGUCGGCACCAUUGCCUUAGCCGUAGCCAAAAUGCUGGAGGAAGUGUGGUGAUGAGGCCUUGGGAAAGUGAUAGAUUGGUUGGGGUGGGGAAUGUUAAUGCGGGUGCGGUUUUGGGGAGCGGUGGCGGCGAGACUAGUAGUGGUACUGGUACUGUAGCUGGGACUAGGAUUGUGGCUAAGGGUUCUCCAGGCCCAGACCCAUCUCUAGUUUCCUCAUUCCAGAAAGUAUGGGACGCGGAAGCGCAUACCCCGCUUCAAUCCAGCCCGACAACUUUCCCUCCCGCCAGCCCCCUUUGCCCGUCCUUCCGCAGACAGAAUCUCCCAAACACCAUGGCCCCUAACAACUGA